AUGCUUGCGUACCCACCGUACACGUCCAAGGGAUACAUUCCGCCGUCGAGAAAGGGUAAAAAACAGACAGUGUUCCGGAAGUUGAUGAACGAGUUUCUGGGCGAAAAGAACUACAAGGGCCAGUAUUUCGACAACAGACUGGCGUAUUUGAAACAGAACAACAGCACAAACUAUUUGGACGGUCCUGCGAGCCGGUCGGGCGUCAAGUUGAGCGAAGGGCCGCAGGCACAUCGUGUUUCGAAGGACCCAAAGGCCGUUUUGCGGCCGUUCAGUCUCAACAGAUUCACCGUCACCAACACUCUUGUUAGCAAAGACAUGAAACAGGAGAUUGUGGCGGACGUCGAGAGCGGCAAGUCUCUGCUGGCUGUUGCCGUCAAGUACAAGAUGAAGAUCCCCAGAGUGGAGGCCAUUUUGAAACUGAACGAGAUCGAGAAACAGUUUGAGGCCAGCGGCAAGAAGACGCCCGACUUGGCCACGUUUGCGUCCGUGAUGAACAAGGCGUUCCCGCUGUACGACCCGCAGGAGCACGGCGAGAACCUGACCGAGAUCCCGAUUCCGUCAGAGACGCUGCAUUCGAGGUUUGUCACCAUUGCCGAGUCCGAGCCGUUUGGUCCUGUUGACGCGGCCAAGGAGUUUGGGCUCGAGCCCGCUGCUGAGACGUUGAGAAAGGUCACCGAGGAGGGCGAAGACGCGCUCAACAAGAGAAGACAGACAAGAAUCCAAAAGACGUUUGUUGCUCCAAUGCACCAAGGAGACACAACAGCAUUCAAAUUCACCGAUGUCAAGGUUGGCCAGGUCGGAUUCAGAUACGGCAAGCCUUACCGGGACAACCGCAAGGACCGCAAGUACGCUUUUGACAACGCGGGCAAUAUGUAUGCUGUUUUGGAGUAA